AUGCUACAAAAUUCAAGUGAUUACAUUCGUUUGUCGCUUUAUAUUAAGGAUGCACCGCAAAUAAGGGAAUAUGCUCGAAGAAGAAGGAGACACGCUGCAAAAGCAAUUCCAGAUAACUCCCUUCCAUUUACAGAUGCUGUAUCAUUAAUCAAGGCUGUUGAAGUAGGAAAACCGAAUUCUACAUGGGAAUUGCAUGUAGAAUUAAAAUUGGGGAAAAGUGCACCUCCAAUUCGUGGAUCAAUUUUUUUACCAAGAUCAAUGUCAAAAACUAAUAAGUUUUUGGUAUUUGCAAAGUUUUAUGGAAAGGGCGAGAAAGCACAAGAAGCUUUGGAAGCCGGUGCGCAUACUGUCGGUGGCGAUGAACUUAUUACUGAGAUAGCAAAUGGUACCUUUAAAUUUGAAGGCAUUAAUAAAUGCUUAGCAACUCCAGAUAUAUUUCCGGCAGUUUCUAAAAUAGCGAGAAUCUUGGGACCAAAGCAUUUAAUGCCAAUGGCCAAGAGAGGUACUGUUACCAAUGAUAUCGCUAAUACAAUCAAAGAUUUGACUGGAAAACAGGAAAUAAAGAGUGAUAAAUCAGGGGUUGUUCAUCUCGGAAUUGGAAAGCUUGCUUGGCCUAUAACAGAUUUAAGAGACAAUAUAAAAGCUGUUUUACAAGAGAUAGAUAAGCUUGGUAAAAGUCAUUACACUAAGGCGCAAGAUAGAGAUAUUAUAAAAAAUGUGGCCUUAAGUUCAACAAGAGGUUCCGGAAUUUAUUUACUCGAUUACAAAAUUUUAAUAGAAAGAACAAAAGAAAAGCUAACUUUGUAA